AUGGCGAACGACGAAUAUGACGUGAGUCCUGCGUGCCACACUUUCGUCCUAAUCGGAGACUCUGGCGUUGGUAAAUCCAACCUGCUGAGCCGAUUCACCCGCAACGAGUUCAACCUCGACUCCAAGUCGACAAUCGGUGUCGAGUUUGCGACUCGCUCGAUCCAAGUCGACGCUAAGACCAUCAAAGCGCAGAUCUGGGAUACGGCCGGCCAGGAGCGAUACCGCGCCAUCACCUCUGCUUACUACCGCGGCGCCGUGGGAGCGCUGCUCGUCUACGACAUCAGCAAGCACCAGACAUACGAGAACGUCACGAGGUGGCUGAAGGAGUUGCGCGACCAUGCCGACUCGAACAUCGUAAUCAUGCUGGUCGGUAACAAGAGCGAUUUGAGGCAUCUGCGGGCAGUGCCGACAGAGGAGGCAAAGCAGUUUGCAAGCGAGAACAACCUGUCUUUCAUCGAGACCUCUGCCUUGGACGCUAGCAACGUCGAGCUUGCUUUCCAGAACAUUCUCACAGAAAUCUACCGCAUCGUAUCAAGCAAAGCCCUCGACCAGGGCGAGGGCGGCCAGAACGUCCUCGGCGGCGAGCGCAAGGUCCUCGAGAUCAGCAAGUCGGCAGACGAGGGACAAAAGAAGAACGGAUGCUGCUGA